AUGACCACGAUGACUACUGAAGCCAUAGAUCGUGUAAGCGAUCUUGAUGCUUUUAAGAGACCGAGCACUCGCAAAAAAAACGCAGAAAAAAACACAGAAAUUGCUGAAAAAGACCCAGAAAUUGCUACAAAAGACGAACAAAUUGCUAAAAAAGAUGCAGAAAUUGCUGAAAAAGACGCAGAAAUUGCUACAAAAGACCAAGAAAUUGCUAAAAAAGACGAACAAAUUGCUGAAAAAGACGCAGAAAUUGCUACAAAAGACGAACAAAUUGCUACAAAAGACGAACAAAUUGCUGAAAAAGACGCAGAAAUUACUAGAAAAGACCAAGAAAUCGUAAAAAAAGACGAACAAAUUGCUGAAAAAGACGAAGAAAUUGCUAAAAGAGACGAAGAAAUUGCUACAAAAGACGAACAAAUUGCUACAAAAGACGAACAAAUUGCUGAAAAAGACGAAGAAAUUGCUAAAAGAGACGAAGAAAUCGCUACAAAAGACGAACAAAUUGCUAUAAAAGACGAACAAAUUGCUAAAAAAGACGAACAAAUUGCUGAAAAAGACGAAAAAAUUGCUGAAAAAGACGAAAAAAUUGCUACAAAAGACGAACAAAUUGCUGAAAAAGACGAACAAAUUAUAGCUGAAAAAGACGAAGAAAUUGCUACAAAAGACGAACAAAUUGCUAUAAAAGACGAAGAAAUUGCUACAAAAGACGAACAAAUUGCUGAAAAAGACGACGAAAUUGCUACAAAAGACGAACAAAUUGCUAAAAAAGACGAACAAAUUGCUACAAAAGACGAAGAAAUUGCUACAAAAGACGAACAAAUUGCUGAAAAAGACGAAGAAAUUGCUAAAAGAGACGAAGAAAUCGCUACAAAAGACGAACAAAUUGCUAUAAAAGACGAACAAAUUGCUGAAAAAGACGAACAAAUUACUACAAAAAAUGUAGAAAUUGCUGAAAAAGACGAAGAAAUUGCUACAAAAGACGAAGAAAUUGCUAAAAAAGACGAAGAAAUUACUACAAAAGACGUUGAAAUUGCUGAAAAAGACGAAACAAUUGCUACAAAAGACGUAGAGAUUGCUGCUAAAGACGAAGAAAUUGUUAAAAAAGACGAAAAAAUUGCUGCAAAAGACAAAGAAAUUGCUACAAAAGACGCAAAUAUUGCCGAAAAGGACCGAACAAUCGUGGAAAAAGACCGAACAAUCGUGGAAAAGGACCGAACAAUCGUGGAAAAGGACCGAACAGUCGUGGAAAAGGAGGCAGCGGUCAACAGCGCAAUUGUUGAAAAAGAUGCAGCAAUUUUAGAACGAGAUGCUAACUCCAAGAGGAAUUACAAGGCUGCCGGUAUAUAUGGUUAA